CUAUCCACCCAGUUCUGGAGCACGUACACGGGACUGGAAAGUGAGGGUCAGGUGUUACCCAAAGGGAGUUGGGGGGUCCAUGGGCUUUGGCCGGAUUUUUGUGAUGGGAGUUUUGGGCAAUAUUGUGAUUUGAGGUUUGUUUUUGUUUUUUCGUUUUUUUUGAGGGAGGGGGAGGGGAAAGGGGGGUUGAGGGGUGAGAAUGGGAAAAGAUGGUUGACUAACGAGUGAAAUUAGUCGUCAAUAUGAUCCCGUCCCUUCACCGAAUACGACGACUGGGACGCCUUCUGGCACACCAGUCCCUCCUUAUGAAGGGCCUUCGAUAACAACCUCCCUCGAGGCAUUUGGGAAAUUCGAUUUGAUCGCCUGGAUGAAUAAGUACAUCAUCCCUCCUCCAAACCCAGACUCCAAAAUCCAAAAAACAAAGCCAAUUAACAAAAAACACAGAUUCUGGAUCAACCAAAACUUUCCCAACCCCAUCCUCUGGGCCCACGAAUUCUCCAAACACGCAACCUGCUUCUCCACCUUCUCCCUCCCCUGCUACGGGCCUCUCGCGCCCCCUAACACCGAAGUCCUAGAUUUCUUCGAAACCACCAUCUCCUACUUCCUCGCUUUACCAACCUACUCCUUCCUGGCCGCGGCCGACAUCCUGCCGUCCAACUCGACGACAUACACGCUGUCCUGCCUCCAGGACGCGCUGAGGAGCGCCCAUAGGGCGAUGCCGUAUAUUGGCUGCUCCGGUCCGGCUUGGAAUAGUACGGAGGAGGGGAAGGGGAGUCUGGAUAGUGGGAGGACGGUGCUUAGUGAGGUGUGGUAUUAUUAUCAUGUCCUGGGACGGGUGCAGGAUGGGAAGGGGGAGGCGAAGGUGCCGGUUGAGGCGGGGGCGAAUGGGGGGAGUGUGAGUAAUUGUGUGAAGGUUGAGGGGGGGUUGAGGUAUCCGGAAAGGAGUGUUGGGAGUGAGGUU